AUUAAAAAAAAAGAGUUAAAAUAUUAUAAUAUAAAAUAAGGGGGUGAAAGACUCAAGUAGGCUACUUUUCCUCCCAAGUGAGGGAAAAACCCUAGAAUCUAAAACACUCAACAGGCCAAUACUCGGAACUGCCCAUUUGGAUCUACAUAUCCCGAACUUUUGAAAUGUGAUUUUGGGCCUUGAUAUGCAGAAAAACAGCCCAUAUCGAAUCCCCUUUUAGCUGAAAGAAUGAUCUGAACAGAAACUGAUCAGAUCUGCAGUCAAACUGGGAGUUCUCAGGAAGCUUCUUCUCGGCGUCAUCGCGUGAAUAGCAACUCCGUCAGCAACCAAUAGAUCCGGCUUCAUUUGCUCCUGUUCUUCUGUUCACUCGCUGGGCGUAGGUGAUGCUGGACUGCGGCAGUGGUUCGAGAAGGUGAGUGUGGGUGAUGGCUUCCCGAUUGAGUGCAACCAGGGACUUUGAUGUGGAAGGGAGUCGGAGAUGGUGAGAUCAAAAGAAAGGAACCGACAAUUGGAGAAGGAGAAGGAGAAGGAGAAAGAAGAUGGUUGCCGGUGGCCUUUUGGGAGAUGGCUGCCGGUUGCUCUGCAACGGGAAGAGAAGGGCGAGGUCGAGGAUCUGCAUGAAGAAAGAAAGAGGAAACCGAAGGAAGAGAGAAGCCAAGGGUCGCGUGGAAGGUGAAGAGGAAAUCCAAGAGGUUUUGGGUAUGGAAGGGAAGCUCAGUCGCCGGCUGAAAGGAAGAUUCGGGAGAUGAGAGAGAGAAGGCCGAUAGCGAGGGUGAGUGUGGGUAAGGAAGAAGACUUUGGCAUUUUUUGGUUUUUAUGCUUAUAUGAAAACGGUGAGUUUUGGGAUUGGGUUUGGGCUGGAAUAGUUAAUGGGCUCUAAAUUGAAAUGGGUUGGUAUUAGAUUGGGUUUGGCUUUAAUGGGCUCAUUAUUGAGAUUUGGGUUGGGUUUGUAAAUUUGUCUUGAUGAACUUCAUCCCUCCAACUUUUUAUUUCUUUAAUUGAGUCCUUUCUCUCAUCUUCUUUUCCAAUCCUCUUCAUAAACUCCCCCUUUUGCU